AUGUCCCUCAACUUGGAGAAGCAACUCACUUUCUAUGGCGCUUAUCACCACAACAAUGUAAACGUGAUCAUUCACAUUGUUUGCGUGCCAUUAAUCUUAUUUUCAUUCUUUGAGAUCGCUUCCAAUUAUGGCCCCUUCUUCGAACUUCCUCCGUGGCUCCAGAUACCCUACCUUGAGCCUAACCUGGGGACGUUUGCGGCCCUGACAUGGGGCGGCCUAUAUCUUCUCCUUGAGCCUGUUGCAGGAGGGGCUCUGGCUCUCAUUUGUCUUGGUGCAGCAGCUGGCACCAAUUAUCUGCGCCUGCUGGACCCGGCCGGCACUACACGGAUCGCGAUAGCAGUUCACGUUGUGUGCUGGCUGCUGCAGUUUGUCGGCCACGGCAAGUUCGAGGGUAGGGCUCCCGCGUUGCUGGACAACUUGUUUCAGGCCAUCUUCCUGGCCCCGCUGUUCGUCUGGCUUGAGCUCUUAUUCAUGGCUGGAUACCGUCCCGAGCUGAAGAAGCGCGUCGAUAAGGCUGUCGAGAUCGAGAUUGAAAAGUUCCGGGCACGCAAGGGCAAGAAGGCGGAUAAGACCCAAUGA